AGCUCCAACGUUCCCUUUUUGUCUCCUCUCAUCUCUCUCUCUCAUCAACCCUCAUUCAUUUGUUUCUUCGGUGCCAAAACACCAGACAUUCACUGACCUUUUUUUCUUCCCUACGUCUCCGGCCAGUCUUCUCUCUUUUCUGGUCACAUUCUGAUGGACUUAGUCGGUAAGAAGGCCGGAUCGGUCACUCCUGUGAAAGACCAACAUGGUUCUCGAUCCAAGAGGCACGGAAACUCGAGAUAUGCCGAGAAUUUGAACCCCAAUGUUUCUCCUGGGCCAAAACCCACGGCUUCCCCUGCGACGAAAUCGACCAAGUCCCAGAAAUCGGCCCCCAAGAACCCGAACCCGGUUGUUCAUUCACCCCGGAACAAGAUCCGGGAGAGGAAGUUCGUCGUGGCAAAGAAGAAAUCGAAGAAAGAGAACCCGAAUGUUGCUUGUAAAUGCAAAGGGAAAGGUAAUUCCAAGAAGUGUCUUUGCGUGGCCUAUGAGAAUCUGAGGGCGUCGCAGGAAGAAUUUUUCAAGAACCGGAACGAUGAAUCGGAUAGUUUGAAGGAGUGUGAUAGAGCUGAGCGUGAACUCGAGGAAGAGAUUGAGAAGGGUUUGAGGAUUCAAGAUGGGUUGGAGGGUGAUUUUGACCCGAGUGAGAUUGACCCGUCUGGUGAAAUGAGUUCUUCGACCUUCAAGAGGAGGAGGGACAAGUUGUUGGAGGAGGCAAGGAAGAGUGUGCCUGAGCGUGGGAAAGUGAUGCACUUGGUUCAGGCCUUUGAGAAACUCCUUUCGAUUCCCUCGAAGGACUUGGAUGAGCAGAAGGAUGGGGAGGAACCAGAAGAUAAUGGCAAGAAGGCAGAAAAGUGGGCCUUACCUGGAUUGCAACCUCCUAAGGUGCCUGAAGCACAGGUUUCUUCUUAUUCGUUUUGUCCGUCCGAUUUGUUUUUGACAUCUGAGAAUCUUGGUUUGGAUCGGCGGCCUUCAGUUUCAUCUUCUUGGGAUGGAAGCUUGGGAAGUGUUUCAAGCAGGACUUCCAAUGGGGGAAGAAGGAGCCGAAGAAAUAGCUCUGAAUCAUCUAGCACAAUGGGAGGAAGGACAUGGAAGAAAAAGCAGCUCAGAGCCACUAGCCUUAAACCAUUCAAGCUAAGGACAGAGGAAAGGGGAAGACAAAAAGAGGAGGAGUUCAUGAAGAAGAUACAAGAGAUGAUGAUAGAGGAGGAGAGGCAGCGGAUACCAAUUGCUCAGGGCCUCCCAUGGACAACUGAUGAACCAGAGUGCUUAAUGAAACCUCCAGUAAAAGACAUCACAAUACCAACUGAUCUGAAGCUCUACAGUGACAUGCGGGCAGUAGAGCGAGCUGAGUUUGACCAUCAGGUGGCCGAGAAGAUGAACCUGUUUGAGCAAUACAAGAUGGAAAGAGAGAGACUGCAGAAGUUGGCAGAAGAGGAGGAAAUAAGAAGGUUGAGAAAGGAGCUUGUUCCAAAAGCACAGCCGAUGCCCUACUUUGACAGGCCUUUCAUUCCCAGAAGGUCAAUGAAGCAUCCCACUAUACCCAAAGAACCAAAGUUUCAUGUGCCUCAGCAAAAGAAGAUCAAGUCCUGCUUGCCAUGGAACGAUAUCGGCUCCUACAUUUACCAAGAGUGAAGCUUGAAGAAGACAAGAAAGAACCUGAUUUUGUUUCUCCUUAGCCAUGUGCAUUCAUUCCCCUGUUAUAUUAAUAACUAAUAAUCAUGUCCUUUCUAUUUCUUUCCCAACUUGCUUCUGAUAUUCUUUUUAAUCUUGUAUAUGAAUAUGAAUGAAGCAACUAGUUUUGUUGCAAUCCCAUUAAUUUGAUUCUUUGAAA